AUGGAACAAGUUAGUGACAACGAUUUUGGCUCAGAUGCACCUCCUCCAGAGGUCAAACCCGAGCCACAGCCAAAAGCUAAGAAAGGCAAAAUAAGAAAGAGCAAAGAAUACAUCGAAUACGCUAAAAGCCGCAGACAAUACAUCAAUCAUCUUACUCUCUCACCUUCCUCGAUAUUAUUUAUGCUCGAAACAAGCAAUAUCAAGACUGGUGUACAAAGUAGAGGAACACAACACCAGCCAAGCCGCUUUGGUUUAUCAACACAAACAGAUCCAAUCACAUUCAAUACUGCAUCAGCACAAUUCCCAGAUACAGAGCCAAACAAACAGCAGUACCCAUCAACCAUUCACUUCUUAAAAGCUGCUGCAGCUACAAUAAGCGCAUUACUUGAUCAAGCUGAGUUUUCAAGUACAGCCAGUGACAAGCAACCACUUACACGCGUUAGCAAAUUUGCAACAAAAGGUGUUCCUCUCAGUGUUUUAACAACAAAAUCAAGAACAGUAGCUCUUGUCGAAGAAUCUCCUGGAAACAGAACAUUAUACGUAUGGAAUGCUCGUUCUUCUACCGUAAACUAUCAGUUAGUCUCACCAUCUACCCCUACAUGCUUCUGUAUUCACGACGAUGCGAGAAUUAUCAUUGCAGGUACAGAAUCAGGUUCAAUACUUGCCUGGGACCUUCUUAAAAAGGCCAAGCCUGGUCAGAGCGAAACAGUCCUCCAGUCAGUCUUUACGACAAACGACAUUCCCUCUAAGAAUCACCAAGAUUCAAUAGCCGGAAUUUCUGUCUUCGGCAGACGUGGCACAAACGUUGUCUGUGCUCUCGAUGGCAGCGCUAUCGCCUCUUUCUGGCAUAUUCGUACCGAAAAUGACGAAUUUUCCCUCACAAAAGCAGAAACUGUCAAUUUAGCGGCCACUUAUUUCCCGACUUUUUCAUUGGCCGUAGCUCCCAAUUCCGUUGACAGUUUUCUUGUUGGCUGUGGCUGUUCUAUCUUCAACUGUUCCCGCUUUGGAUCCACCACUUCCCCUUCUUCCUACAACGCUAGUGCCGCUGUAAGAUCCAUUGCGUUUUCGAAGUUGAUUCCGACACUUUUUGCUGCAGGCCAAGACAACGGAAAACUUGCAAUUUACGAUAUUCUUUCUGCUGAUCCUUUGAUUGAAUUCUGUGUCGAUAUCUCCACCAGCGAUCUCUCUGUCUGCUGGUCUCCUAAACGCGCGAGUGUUCUCUUUGUCGCUGCAACACAGACAAUGAGAUUGUUCGUAUACGAUUUGUCGAAAGACAUGAGAAAACCAAUUUACACACACAAGGUAAGUAAUGCAGCUUAUUCUGUAGAUGCUGCAGAAACAGAGAACGGAGUGAUCCUCGCAAUAGGAGAAGGAGAUAGUAGCGCUUCAGUACUUCGCGUGAAAUCAGAUUUAUCAACUCCUUUGUCUGAUACAGAAAGAGAUUCUUUCUUGAUGCAAUUAUAUGGUUCUUAUUGA